AAGUUACUUCAAAUGGAGAGAAAAACACUCCAAAAGAAGAGAAGUCACUUCACAAUGGAACAAAAGGCUUCCAAAAGGAGAGAAAACACUCUGAAGAAGAGAAAAUACUCCAAAAGGAAAGGAAAAUAUUUCAAAAGGAAAAAGGUGAAGAUCCUCUAAAAGAAAUAAAAAACAUUUCAGAAGAAGAUACUUCAGAG